UAGGUGGUCGGCCGCGAGCUCCCAAACCUGCGCCCCAAUGGGGAAGACCAUCAAGGCGCGAGAGGAGGACACAGGAAGCGCGCAACGGGGAGGAGGAGAGGUGGUGGGAGUUUAACCAGCGAGUCGAGGAGCUGGGAAGCGAGGAUGAUUUCGAUGCACAGGGCGUUGGUUCGGGCUCAAUGGCAUUGAGCCGUCGGGUCACUAGUGACCCGCUUCGAUUCACGGGGGUAGAUUUGGGCGACGGGGACGGUAAUACUCGGUCGCGGAAGGCGUAUGCAUAUCAGAACGGGGAGGACGACGAGACAGACGAAUCAGAACAAGAGUCGGACGGCGAGGACGGCGUCCGGAUGCCUUUGGUAGAUCCUCAGGAGGAAGCGCUGGCCGACGCUGCAAUGGCCCGGAUACAAAAGGCCCAUGCCAAGGGCAGACAGGAUGUCAAGCUGAGCAAGGAGGAAUUGGCCGCUUACCAGCGGCGACUGCAGCGCAUGGAGGAGGAGGAGCGCAGACAACGGCGAGAUCAGCGGGUUGCCAUCCCCAUCUCACAACUGGGACCUGGCUUCCGGCCAAAUAAACAAUUGCUGGAAGAUGGCAGCCCUCCGCCUUCACAACAAGACUCGCCGGAGCCGGGGGUAGAGCGACAGGCGUCCUCUCCUCCGAUGGGCUAUUUCCCACCCCCUUCAUCACGGACUCGCGCUCGCCAAGGGGCCGCGUCAUCGAGAACGCCGAGUCAGGCUGCCGCUGACAGAGAACCGAGCUCCUCACCGUUCACGUAUACCUAUGUGCGCGGCGAGCAACCGGCCAAUGUUCGCCAACCUUCGGACCCGACAACCAGCAGGCCGCUCUCCAUCGCCGAGCCGGUUUCGGCCCGGAACGACGGAUCGCCCGGCUCGGAUCCCUUUCAGUACAUGAUGGGAGGGACGCGCACGUCGUACCACGGCGGAGCAGGGUCUGUGCGAAACAGCGUCGCCGAGGUGGACGACAUCUACGCCAGCUACGGGUCCGGCCCAACUGGCGGCGCGAGUCGGCGGCAGAGCGGCGGCCCUAGAGAAGCCGAUUUGUCCGACGAUGACGGUGACCGCAGGCGUGUGGUGGCGAGGGUCAACUCGGGGAGCGGCGGCCGGUCUCGGCACCGGGACAGUACUGAUAGCCGGCGGGAGCCUGCACCGGAACCGCGGCCAUCUCGGGAUCGGACGCCGCCGCUUCCAAAGAAGUCGUCGGCUGUGUCGUCGACGGUGGCAAAGCGCAAGUCGGUGUCGGCCAGCACCAAACCCGUGCGGAAGAAGAAAUAGUCGUCAUCCUCUCAGGUCUGCUGUGCAGAUAGCGGAAGUGAUCGGGUUUUACUGUCCUAAUGUUUGGUGCAAAAGUGGCUGGCGUUUAGCGAUAGACUAGUGCUGCGUUUAAUAACGAUGGCUGUGUGCAUUCUGGAAA